UUCAGAGUUAAGCACGAGAUUUUUAAUGCUAUGAACAUUAAAUUAAUGGAUUUGAUCUAGCAUCGAUUCAAACGACGUAUUAAUCUCAACUUAAUGUUUCAUUAGACACGACACUAACUAAGGUUCAAAGUUAAGGUUCAUAUAAUUAAUAACUAUGGAGAAAUUGGUUACAAGAAGAUGGCUAAUAAUCUUAUUAACGGCUGGUUCUAUAUUUUUCAUCCUACUUCUUCAACAAUCGUUUCCACCUAGAAGUUCUUCCGUGAAGUUUGAUUAUUCGAGGAAGCAUCGAGUAUGGAACAAGAAGGAAGAUGGCACUCCUAUGGAUGGAAAAGAAAGCAUGGAGAUCCAAUUAAGAAGAUUAGUACGAGGGAAAGAUCUAGCUCAACUAGAUGCUACCGGAAUUUCAUGCCUCUAUGAAUUUCACUUUGAACAAUGCAUCAUCAACAAACAAGUGAUUAUACCAACCAACCAACCCUUGGUUGUGUACGUACCGUCCGAUCAACCAUCAGAGAAACGGACGGUUCAGCCAUAUGCAAGAAGGGAAGAUCCGACGGCCAUGAAAGAAGUCACACCAAUACAAAUACUUCAUGGGACUAAUAUAACACAAAGAAAAAAUGCAUCUUCAUAUUGUGAGGUUACACAUCAAGUUCCAGCAAUAAUAUUCUCAACUGGUGGAUUUAUAGGAAAUGUAUUUCAUGAGAUUAAUGAGAUUAUAAUCCCAUUAUUUCUCACUUCUCGGCAUUUUAAUUCUCAAGUGCAAUUUAUAAUCACGGAUUAUGCAGAUUGGUGGGUUUUUAAGUACAAGGAAGUUUUGAAGCAAUUGUCAUCUUUUGAAGUUAUAAAUGGUGAUGAAGAUGGAAGAGUUCAUUGCUUUCACGGUGCUGUUUUUGGUCUCAGGUACCAUGAUAAUCUAGCACUAAACAGCUCAGAAAUUCCAGGAGACUAUACAAUGGCAGAUUUCAGGCAAUUCCUUGGGAAAUCAUACAACUUAACCAUGAAGGGCCUAAUGAAGCCCAACAAGAAGCCCAAAAUACUCUUCAUAUCACGCAAAGAAACAAGAGUACUUCUUAACGAAGAUGAAAUGGUGAAAAUGAUGUUAAGUUUGGGCUUUGAGAUCCACUGGGCCAAGGCCCAUGAAAUGCUGUAUUUGGACAAGUUUGCAGAAGUUGUGAAUUCAUGUGACAUCAUAUUAGGGGCCCAUGGUGCUGGGCUUACAAAUGAAGUGUUUCUUCGUGAUGGGGCUGUUGUGGUCCAAAUUGUACCAUUAGCCCUUAAUUGGGCCUCCGAUAUCUACUAUGGUAACCCGGCCCAUAUUAUGGGGCUGAAGUACAUGGAUUAUAAGAUUGUAGCUAAAGAGAGCUCUUUAUAUGACGUGUACGGUCCAGAUGAUCCCAUUGUUUUUGAUCCAUUGGUUGUCUUUGAGCAAGGGUAUAGGUCCGCUAGGUCACUAUAUAUUGACGGACAAAAUGUCACCAUUGAUAUUGCAAGAUUUAAAGGUACUCUCAAUGAAGCUUUGAAGUUUUUAGGAUAUUAAUAUAUUGGUGAAAUUAGGAUAGAAGGGUUUAUGAGUAAUGAGAGGAAAUGUAAAUACUACUCGUGUUGUUUGUG